UAAGCAAUUUGAGGACCUCCGGGUGGCGUUGUUUUCUUUAAUACACCGACAGGACUAGCAUCUGGUUUGCAAACUUUACUGUAUAUUGCUUUUCUUAUACGUUAACCAUGCCGUAUGCUAACCAGCCAAUAGUGAAAAUCACAGAACUGACGGAUGAGAAUGUUAAAUUUGUCAUUGAGAACACCGACCUGUCGGUUGCGAAUUCCAUCCGACGUGUCUUUAUGUCAGAGGUUGCAACAAUAGCUAUUGAUUGGAUUCAAAUUGAUGCAAAUUCUUCUGUGAUCCACGACGAGUUUAUCGCUCACAGAGUGGGUCUUAUCCCCCUUACCAGUGAUGACGUUGUGGACAAGAUGCAGUACUCCAGAGACUGUACAUGUGACGAUUUCUGCCCAGAAUGCUCUGUUGAACUGACACUGGACGUUCGCUGCACAGAAGACCAGACCCGCCAUGUGACCUCACGAGACCUGCUGUCCAACCACCCUCGAGUCAUUCCUGUGACCUCCAAGAGUCGAGACAAUGAUCCCAAUGACUAUGUUGAACAGGAUGACAUUUUGCUGGUGAAGCUUCGGAAGGGUCAGGAGCUGCGUCUCAGAGCUUAUGCCAAGAAAGGCUUUGGCAAGGAGCAUGCCAAGUGGAACCCUACAGCAGGGGUGUCCUUUGAGUAUGACCCAGACAAUGCACUGAGGCACACUGUGUACCCACGGCCAGAGGAAUGGCCAAAGAGUGAAUACUCAGAGAUUGAGGAGGAUGAGGUGCAAGCACCCUUUGACCCCAAUGGCAAACCUGAGCGGUUCUAUUACAACGUGGAGACAUGUGGCUCACUGCGACCGGAGACCAUCGUCAUGUCUGCUCUGGCAGUGCUGAAAAAGAAACUGAGUGAUUUACAGACCCAGCUGAGCCACGAAAUCCAGAGUGAUGUCCUCACAAUCAACUAAGACCUGCAGUUUUAGCCAGUUCUACACCGCUCACAGAGAUCUGAAGCAGACCCAGUUGCAAAUCAUGAACUUUUUUGAUGGUGGCAAAUGUGUGAUAUAGGCAGGAGAAAAGUUGAUCCAGCCAAGAGCUCACAUACUGAUAUCAUCCGUUGUUUCUACAUCUGCCAUAUUGUUUUGUCUUUUCUCUUCAUUCUCUGAUAUAUUUGUAUUUUUCCGCUUCGUAGAAGUUGUUCGCAGGAGAAUUCCUUGUUUUGAAUUGUUUAUUUUGUGUACUGAAAAACAUUUUUUUAAACAAUAAAUCCCAGUUUUCAUCCA